AUGGCCGACAAGAACCAUCCCAACAUUGUGCGACUGCUGGGGUUUGCGGUGGGAGGGGACGUCAGGUCUAUGAUUGAGCAAGUCCUGAUUUAUGAGUUUGUGCCCAACGGUGACCUUGACAAGUGGAUAGGACCAAACGCACCAUCUCCUCUGAGUCUGAAGCAGCGGCUGGACAUUCUCAUCGGCAUUGCACGUGGCUUUGAGUACCUCCAUAGCUUCGACAUUGUGCAUCGCGACAUCAAACCCGCCAACAUCCUCAUCACCAAUGAUAUGCAGCCCAAGAUUGCAGACUUCGGGCUGGUGAGGGCGGCAGAGGGCACGACAGUGGGCACGACGCGCAUCAUGGGAACACCGGGCUAUGUGGAUCCGGUUUACUCCCGGACGUCCAAGGCCACUGCAGCCAGCGAUGUCUACAGCUUUGGUGUGCUCAUGCUUGUGGUGCUCACUGGACGCCCUCCACUCUCUGAGGAUGAUGGGGAGUCCAAGCAGAUUGUGCCAUGGGCGUCCAGCUGCUUGUCAUCAAAUGACACAGAGAGCCUCAAGGAUGCGCGCAUGGACGCCCCUCCCGGGGAUGCGGUGCUGCAUGUGGCUGAUCUGGCAGUGAGCUGCACCGUGGAGCGCACUGCAAGCCGCCCAAGCAUGGCACUCAUUGCCACCCAGCUGCAGGCUGUCAGGGAGGAGGUGGCGGGGAAAAAGGAGUUCUGCGCCGCUAUCAAGGUGGAUGCACAGAUCCAGGAGAUGAAGGACGCUGUUGCGGGUGUGGAAAGUCUGGAGACGCAGCUUAGAAUGAUUGGGGAUCAGCCCUCUGGAUAG